GGUGGUGCCGUGGGACCGGCGGGUCGAGCCGGGUCGAGGCCUCCCCAGGCAGGCCUCGCCGGGCCGGGCCGGGCGCUCCUGGGGGACCGGGGAGGGCAGUCCCGCAGCCGGGAAGGGCCGUCCUGUCAUUGCGGGCAGCGCUGUGGAUGAAAGAGUUCAUGCUUACUGGUUUGCAUAACAGAAGAGACUAAAUAGGCAUGAAGGAAACUAUAGUGGGGAUGAGAAGUGUCAAAAGAGAAGAAAUGAAUCCUACAAAUGAUGAUCCACUGUUUGGGACCAUUUUUGACUGGGACUAUCUCUUAUGGGAAGUUCGUUUGAUAUUUUUAGCUGCUGGUUUUUUAAUCUACUUGGGAGUAUUUCUUCUGUCUCACUGGUUGUCUUCUUGGAGAAGCACCACUUACCGUGCCUUGCAUGCAAAGGAGAAAGUGUUUUGGAAUAUGGCAGUCACACGUGGUGUGUUUGGACUUCAGAGUUGUGUUGCUGGGUUAUGGGCUUUGCUCAUAGAUCCCGUUUUUCAUGCUGACAAAGUCUAUUCACAGCAAAAGUGGAGUUGGUUUAACUGUUUAAUAGCAGCUGGAUUUUUCUUGCUUGAAAAUGUAGCAGUUCACAUGUCCAACAUAGUUUUUAGAACAUUUGAUGUUUUCCUGGUAGUUCAUCAUUUGCUUGCUUUUGGUGGCUUGGCUGGUUUAGUAAUUAAUGUGAAAUCUGGACAUUAUCUGCCUUUGAUGGGAAUGUUGCUGGAGAUGAGUACUCCCUCAACGUGCAUUUCCUGGAUGCUUCUGAAGGCUGGCCGUGCUAACACCUUUUUCUGGAAGGCAAACCAGUGGGUGAUGAUCCAUCUGUUCCACUGCCGCAUGAUUCUUACCUACCACAUGUGGUGGGUGUGUAUUUUCAAUUGGAAUUCUAUUGUAGAAAAUCUGGGACUUCUUCACUUUAUUGUUUUAUUCUCUGGAUUAUUUGCUGUUACACUAAUACUUAACCCAUACUGGACAUAUAAAAAAACUCAGCAACUCCUCAGCCCAACUGACUGGAACUUUGAAAAUAAAGCAGUGGAAAAUGGAAAAUUAAAUGGUGAAACACAUCAAAAGAAGAGGAUAUAGCAUUGAAGCAACGAUUUCCCAGCAGGGUAACAGAAGAAUACAAUGCAAAAUCAUUCUUUGCACGUAAACUAGAAGAUUUUGCAAGAAGCUCAUUGACACAGUGACUGCUGUUAGCACUCUGUAUGCAUCACAAGUGUUGAAAACCAUUGUUUGUAUUUCUUCUGUGUAUACAUAUAAGAACUUCAACCCUUGUUAUGAAUUACAUCAACAAUUUAUCAGGUUGGACAGUAUUUCAUAAUUUAGUAGUGAUGUGCUCCCUAAUGACAUGUUUCCUUUCCUAAUGCUUCAAAGUGGCUUUACAGUAAGUCAUCUGUUAAGCUCAGCUUGAAUCAAGUUUAGCUUGAAUCCUAUUUCACAUAUGGUGGAGAUACUGAAAAUUGUGUUAAAUUGUUUGUUAGGAUCAAUUAUGAUCCAAGUUAGGUAUGCAUGGGUACCUAAUUUCUGUGUGUCAGUGAAUCAUUCCAAGUGGAAGAACUGGUCAGUGGUAGAAUGCAGUCGUGGCCUGGGUUUGGGUUUUGUUGUUGGUUGGUUUAUGGGCUUUGGUUUUUUUGGGUAUUUGUUUUUCUUUUUUUCUUUUAAGUCCACUUAAGGAACAGGAAAAUAAUUGUUUGAGGUUUUGUUGUCAAAGUUGUAGUUUUUCGAGGUUGCCCUUAGUAUGGGAGGAGUUCAUAUCCAUCAAAACCAUGCAUGUGGAGAUCGAUGCAUUUGCCAUUUGAGUGGUCUCUGGACUUGAAAUCAAUGAAAUACAAGUGGCAACACCAGAAAGUCACCAGAAGGUGACUGUGUAUUGUCCUUGAAAAAAAAUGCUGCUUGAUUAGUAAAAUUAUUUCAUUUGUAGGUCCCACAUGAUGGGUCAUGCAAUUAGCUCCACUAGUGCUUCUGUUAUGGUUCCUCUUAUUUUUGGGAAUGCACUUAGUUUUAGAUGGUUUCAGAACCUGAGGUGACUCCUCUAUGGAGGAAAGCCCGUAUCACCUCCUGUAGGAGUUCGGUUAUUUUAAUAUUUUAAUUUAACUUGAAAGAACAUACCAAGUGACACUAACAAUCCUUUGCACUUUAUCUAACACAUCACAAAAAUCUUUCCUUGACCUGAGAAACUGGGUUGUUCUUUAGAUAGGGACUAACGGUGAUGGAUGUUCCCCCACUUAAAAUAUUGAUGGUUCCUGGGUGAAAUGUUGGGAAGAGGAUGGAGGGAUAAAGAUCACGAUAGAAGAGAGUGACGCCUAGUGGCAGGAGAAUGACAGGGGUUAUUAGUUUUGAUGCAUGGAACAAAUGAGAUUUUAAAAAAAUGGUUAAUUGGAACUCUGUGUGACAUGACUGCUACACAGAUUUAUUUCCCAAAGCUUUAAAACUGGGAGAGCCCAAGCUGUGAAGAAUUUUAGAUCAAGCCAUGAAUUAGAGACUUUGUGGACUGAUCUGUGGUGGAACAUACUGUUUUAAAUGUGUGAGGGAAGCACUCUUUGGUGUAAACAGCCCCAUUUUAUUAAUUUCUAUUGGGAAUGUCUUUGAUUUGUUCUGAGUGAAGGGAGUGGUCAGGUUGCUGUGUUCCCGAAUUCACUCUGUGUGAGUACAGAGUUGAAUUGCUGUUCUGAUGUGAAGGAAACUGCUUACUUUAGGUCACAAAUAUAUAUCCAGAUAUUGUUGAUAAUGAUAGAGUGGUGAAUAUCUGAAAUUGCCCAUUCAAAACCAGGCUGAGGGUCACAGCAAUUUUACACAGCAUCCCUGUCUGUUAUUCUGCUUAUAUUUCAUAGAUAAAAUAUAAAUUUUGAGCUACCUUCUUAUUUUUAAGAUGGGCAAAAUGAAGUUGCAGUGUUGCCUGCCUGGGUGCCAUCCUAUAGUAAAAAGGGUUCUCAAAAGUUUGAAAGCUGUCUUGAGGAGUUGUCUGAGGGAGAAUAAUGUUAAAAGCACUUUGGAAGAAACCAUAGGGAUGAAUUGCUUGCCUGUGGAGCCAAAAAACAUGAUCUGAAUGCAUAUCUUGCAGAAUCCAAACCUCACUUGCAAGAGUUCCAGGGAGAAAGGCAGAGACAAUGUCAUCUGGUAUCAGAAUGAUGGUGUACUCUGUGAAGUGCAAAACUUUGAAGGUUUGGAGUGGAUAAAACAAGAUAAUAAUUGCUAAAAUCCCAGCUACAGAAUUCUGAAGAAUCCUAACAGGAAAUGGAAGCAUCAGAAGAAGUGUGGGAUGACUGUGUAAUUCUUGUAGUGGCUAGCUAAGGAAUGUGAAGUUCCAAUGUGCUAAAAUAAAAUAAUAUGGAGGGUGGGGGUUAGUAGUUAAUUGAGACUGAAAAAAGACAGCUGGAAAUUUAUGUCAUAGUAUCAGAUGUCUAAAGUUUAAUAUAUUAUUGAUUGGUAUAACUUUAUUAAUUGAAUUUAAAAUCUUAAAUUAAAAUAAUGGUUUUAUCAUCAUAAUUCAGUCUUUUUAGUUUGCA